AUGUCCUUAAUUCUUCGAUUCAGAUCCAAAGAUGGAAUGUUUAGAGUCAAUACGGACUCAUCUUCUACUUUUCAAACAGUAGUCGAUCAAUUGUCGCUGAAGCUACCGACUACAGAUUAUGAUCAAAUUACAGUUUCAGAUAAACCAAAUAAUAAGAAUGAUCUGGGUUCUCAAGCAAAGACUCUUCUGUCAAUACUACAUCAAACUAUAUCUGAAUUGCAACUCAAGAACGGUGAUUUACUUUUUUUAAACUAUUCCAAUGCUAUACCACAAGGUACUCUUGCCUCUACAUCAUCUACUAAACUGCAAAGUGGUUCAAUUGCCAUAAAUUCAUCUGGAGGUUCAUCUGGACCUGCUACAGCCUCUGGUGCCAACGCCAGUACUAUCAGAGUGUCUCCCACGACUCACGGUCCAGUUAAGGUCUCCCAGUUACCCAUUGACGAUGAACUUGAUUCACAAGAUGGGAUAUUGUCCAGACCAAUCUCUUCGAUGUGCAGACAUGGUGCCAAAGGAAUGUGUGAGUAUUGUUCUCCUUUACCACCAUGGGACGAGAAUUACCGCAAGGAACAUGCAAUCAAGCAUAUCUCGUAUCACGCAUACCUUAAACAACAAAUGGCCAAGUUCAACAAAAAGGAGUUGUCUUCGUCGUAUAUUGCGCCUUUGGAGAACCCGAAUUAUGCCAUCAACUUGAACUGUAAUGAAGGUCAUCAAAGUUACCCACGGGGAAUAUGUUCCAAAUGUCAGCCGCUGCCCAUUACUUUGCAAUUGCAAAAAUUUCGAAUGGUGGAUCAUUUGGAAUAUGCAUCGCAUACUAUUUUGAAUGACUUUAUCAAUGUGUGGCGAUCAACUGGAGUCCAAAGAUUUGGGUAUUUGUAUGGGAGGUACGAAAAGUUUGACAAAGUGCCAAUGGGCAUCAAAGCGGUUGUUGAAGCAAUCUAUGAGCCGCCACAGCAUGACGAAUUAGACGGGUUGACUUUGUUGGACUGGGAAGAUGAGCCAAUUGUGGAUGCAAUUGCUGCAAAGUUGGGCUUGCAGAAGGUUGGUAUAGUUUUUACUGAUUUGACUGAUUCUGGAAACAGAGAUGGUACUGUAUUGUGCAAGAGACACAAGGAUAGCUACUUUUUGACGAAUUUGGAAAUCAUAAUGGCGGCAAAGUUUCAAAUCAAAAAUCCAAACAUAACCAAGUAUGCCAACCUGGGCGAAUUUAGUUCAAAGUUUGUCACUUGUGUGAUCUCUGGUGGGUUGCAAGGCGAGAUUGAACCUCGUUCAUACCAAGUAAGCUCCAGUGCUGAAGGUUUGGUGAAGGCCGAUAUUAUUACUGGAUCAACGCAACCGAGCCAAAUUUAUGUUAACGGAAACAAUGAUACUCGAUAUGUUCCAGAUAUACAAUAUUCCAAGAUUAAUGAGUAUGGGUUGGAAGUGAAGUCGAAUGCAAAGCCUACUUUUCCUGGAGAGUUUUUGCUUGUUUCUUUAACAGAUUCGUUUCCAAUCGAUCCCAAGCCAUUGUUUACUAGUAAAAUUAGUUAUGUCAUUGAGAACAGGGAGUUUUUAGGGCACGGCGAUAUUGAUGGUCUGGAUCAUUUGCAAAACCUCUCGUCUGUUGCUAAAUUUAUCAAACUGAACGAUUCUGAGCUAUUUGAUUUCCACUGGCUUGUACAUGUGGCCAAAAUGGGGAUCUUGAGCGAAGAAGAGUUAAGUUUGCUUUGCAAAUACGUGAAGGAGAAAAAGUAUGAUGACUAUUUACAGUUGAUGGAAAGCGGCGGUUGGAUGACUUUUUUAACCAUUUUGGAGCAAAGUACAUAG